UUGCGGACGAAGAUGAAUGCCUUGGUGAUUUUAUGUGUGGUCGGCCUAGCGGGGGCGGUACCCCUGGCUAAAGAAGAAGGGCCCGUGGAAAAGUUCGUGUCCGCCCUAAGGGACUGCGUGGAAUCUGACACCAUGCUGUGCCUAAAGGAAACAGCAAUGAAGCUGUCUGAAAACUUGGCCAUGUCCAAGGAGCUGAACAUCAUUGAUGGAGUCUCCCUUGCCAGGACGGGAAGCCCAAGAUCAGCCAGGAGCUACGAACCACUACCAGAGGAGCCCAAGGCUCGGGAAAUGCAGAUUGAAGAGAGAAUCUUGGACAACGUCGUCGACUUCCUUGACAGUCAUGUUCUGCAAUUGAGAAUGCCCAAGUCUUUCGAAGAAGAUAACUCAAUUGAUGAGGAAGGUCGUGGAAAGAAGAAGAAGAAGCUGAAGAAGCUCCUCCCCAUCUUAGCUCUCAUCAAACUGAAGCUUGCUGCCCUCGUCCCUCUUUUCCUCGGCAUCAUAGCUUUCGCAGUAUUCAAGGCAUACCUCCUUGGAAAGAUCGCUUUCAUCGCCGCUGCGUUUGGUGCUAUCAAGAAACUUCUGGAAUCAAAGAAACACAGCGGCUGGUCUGAACCAGCCCACGAGGAACAUGGUUGGGAAAGCCAAGGCGGUUGGGGAAGGUCUCAGGACGCUCAGAAAAUGGCAUACGGUGCUCACAUAAAGCAGGCGUAACCUUCAUUUAGCCUGGGGCAUUUGAAUUAGUUAUUUUAAUUGAGGCUUAGUUCAAAAUUUAGCCUUUUCAUUGUUAUCUUGUUAACCACCGUAAUUGGUAAAACUUGAAUUGUGUGUGUGUGUGUGUGUUUGUUUUUAUUUAUUAUUUUUUGUUUGUACAGCAGAACAGUUAUUUAAUAGUUUGAAUUAAGCAUAACGACUGAUAAUUUUAUUUUGUGUUAUGUAAGUAUUAAUAGUAUGUAUUUUUAUUUUUUAUAAGUACCUAUGUUUCUUUUGUGUUUUAUAGAUUUUGAUAUGUAUCUUGAAUUUUUCAUAUAUCAUUUAUUUAUUUACAAUUUUUUGUACAGCACAGCAGAUUAAUUUAAAGCUGUUACCAUAUUUUCUUCUUAUCUUUAGUUUGCACAUUCCAUUUUAUUAUUUCACAUUUAUUUUAUCUACAUUGUCUACAAUAUUCUCUUCCUUUUCACAUUCCUGCCCCUUUUCUGGUUAUAUAUAUUUUUGUAUUAUAUAAUUAUUUUAUCCUAUAUAAAU